UAUUUUCUGUUUUUUUAAAUGAAAACAUAAAACACUCCAAUCAAGCCUCAGCUAGCAAUUGAAAGUGAUUGUAAAAUUUGAUUGGAGUAUAUGAAAAUCUUGCUAUUGUAUAUUUUUAUAUAUAGAAAACAUAUUAAACAGUAUAUAUAUUUGGCGGGAAGGAUGUCUUGGAAUUCUAUAUUUAGAAUAGAAGCAAUUGGAGAGAGAGAGAUGUAUGAAUGAGAAUUGAGAUGGUCCGAUCCAGCAAUAGAAAUAGCAUAGCAUUGGCCAACAAUAGGAAAUAGGAGAGAGAUGCAGCAUUGCCAAUUUGCCAUUGCGUUGGGUUGGUUGGAGUCGGAGAAGGGGGAAAUCGAAGGACCACGCCUAGCCAGCAUUCUUUGGAAUUGAAUUGUGAUUCGUGAAGGAAGGGAUAGAGACAUGAGCAACGUUAACAUAGCCUCCACCUCUCGUGGUUCUACCUCCUCCUCCAAUGGCCUUCUCACCGUCACCAUUACCAGCACCAGCCACCCUGACGACCCUCCCACCGACGACAACGAUGACGACGACUUGCUCGCUGAUCCGGACGAUCCUUUCGAUAUUACGCAUACCAAAAAUGCACCUCCCGAGGCCCUCAAGCGUUGGAGACAAGCAGCUUUCGUGCUCAAUGCGUCCAGGCGUUUUAGGUACACUCUUGACUUGAAAAAGGAAGAGGAGAAAGAGCAAAAGAAAAGCAUGAUUAGAUCCCACGCACAAGUCAUCAGAGCAGCAUUGCUUUUCAGAUUGGCUGGUGAACGGGAACUAGUGACAAGUAAAGCAGCAGUGGCAUCCCCAUCUCCAGUUGGUGAAUAUACAGUUGGGCUCGAACAACUUGUUUCAAUGACUAAGAAUCAGAAUAUUUCUGCUUUACAACAAUACGGAGGGGUUAAAGGCUUAUCAAAUUUACUAAAAUCAAAUCCGGAUAAGGGGAUUAGUGGAGAUGAUGUUGAUCUAUCAAAGAGGAAAAAUGCAUUUGGAACUAAUACAUACCCUCGGAAAAAGGGGAGAAGUUUCUGGAGGUUUCUAUGGGAAUCUUGGCAAGAUCUGACUCUUAUAAUAUUGAUUAUAGCAGCUGUAGUGUCGUUGGUACUUGGAAUAAAAACAGAGGGCUUGGAAGAAGGGUGGUACGACGGGGGCAGCAUUGCUUUCGCUGUUUUUCUUGUCAUUAUAGUUACAGCUGUCAGUGAUUAUCGGCAAUCUUUGCAGUUUCAGAAUUUAAAUGCAGAGAAACAAAAUAUAAAAUUGGAGGUCAUUAGAGGUGGCAGAACAAUACAAAUAUCCAUAUUUGAUAUUGUUGUUGGUGAUUUAGUGCCCCUUAAAAUAGGAGAUCAGGUUCCUGCUGAUGGAGUUGUAAUCACUGGUCACUCGCUUGCCAUUGAUGAAUCGAGUAUGACUGGUGAAAGCAAGAUUAUUCACAAGGAUCAAAAAGCACCUUUUUUGAUGUCUGGUUGCAAAGUAGCAGAUGGAGUUGGUGCUAUGCUGGUAACUGGUGUUGGUAUAAAUACUGAGUGGGGAUUGUUGAUGGCAAGUAUCUCAGAGGAUACUGGAGAAGAGACUCCAUUACAGGUUCGUUUGAAUGGAGUAGCAACUUUUAUUGGCAUAGUUGGGCUUACUGUAGCUGUUUGUGUACUUGCAGUCCUCUUGGGAAGAUAUUUCUCUGGCCAUACGAAAGAUUUAGAUGGAAGAGUACAAUUUGUUGCUGGAGAGACUAGUAUUAGCGAAGCAGUAGAUGGGGUCAUCAAAAUUUUUACCAUUGCAGUAACAAUUGUGGUGGUUGCAGUGCCCGAAGGUCUACCUUUAGCAGUUACCUUAACCUUGGCAUACUCAAUGCGGAAAAUGAUGGCAGACAAAGCCUUGGUGCGAAGGCUGUCAGCAUGCGAAACUAUGGGAUCUGCUACAACAAUUUGCAGUGAUAAGACUGGAACUUUGACCUUAAAUCAGAUGACUGUAGUUGAGGCAUGUGUUGGAAGGAAGAAACUAAACCCACCAGAUGACUUGACAAAAUUGCAUCCGGAAGUUUUAUCUUUGAUAAAUGAGGGCAUUGCACAAAAUACAACUGGCAAUGUUUUUGUGCCUAAGGAUGGUGGAGAGGUGGAGGUUUCAGGGUCUCCUACGGAGAAGGCAAUUCUUUCUUGGGCAGUGAAGUUGGGGAUGAAUUUUGAUCUUAUUAGAUCAAAUUCAACAAUUCUACACGUCUUCCCCUUCAAUUCUGAGAAAAAGCGAGGAGGCCUUGCUCUGAAACUGCCGGACUCUGCAGUACAUAUACAUUGGAAAGGAGCUGCGGAGAUAGUUCUAGGAACAUGUACUCAAUAUCUUGAUUCUGAUGGUCACUUGAAAUCUAUUGAAGAAGAGAAGGUAUUCUUCAAGAACUCUAUCGAAGACAUGGCUGCUCAGAGCUUGCGUUGUGUUGCCAUUGCAUACAGAUCGUAUGAUUUAGACAAAAUUCCAUCAAAUGAGGAGGAAUUAGACCAGUGGUCCUUACCUGAACACGAGCUUGUCUUGCUUGCUAUUGUUGGAAUAAAGGAUCCUUGUCGCCCUGGAGUCAAGGAUGCUGUGAAAAUAUGCACCGAAGCCGGUGUUAAGGUACGGAUGGUUACGGGUGACAAUCUUCAAACAGCAAAAGCAAUAGCUUUUGAGUGUGGAAUACUGAUGUCAAAUGAUGAUGCUGUUGAGCCAAAUAUAAUUGAAGGAAAGACAUUCCGUGAACUAUCUGAAAAAGAAAGGGAACAAGUUGCAAAAAAGAUAACAGUUAUGGGGAGGUCUUCUCCUACUGACAAGCUGUUGCUCGUGCAAGCACUACGUACAGGUGGUGAAGUUGUUGCUGUCACAGGAGAUGGCACCAAUGAUGCUCCUGCACUUCAUGAGGCAGAUAUUGGUCUUUCUAUGGGCAUCCAAGGAACAGAAGUUGCAAAAGAAAGUUCAGAUAUUAUAAUCUUGGAUGAUAACUUUGCAUCAGUAGUAAAGGUUGUUCGCUGGGGCCGUUCUGUAUAUGCAAAUAUUCAGAAAUUUAUUCAGUUCCAGCUCACUGUUAAUGUAGCUGCUCUUGUAAUAAAUGUUGUGGCAGCAAUAUCUUCUGGUGAUGUUCCUUUAAAUGCUGUACAGCUUUUGUGGGUCAACCUUAUCAUGGACACACUUGGGGCUCUUGCACUGGCUACGGAACCGCCAACAGACAACCUUAUGCACAGAUCACCAGUUGGCCGAAGGGAACCUCUUAUAACAAAUGUCAUGUGGAGGAACUUGGGCGUACAGGCUCUCUAUCAAGUCACUGUCCUUCUCGUUCUUAACUUCGGUGGUGAAAGUAUUCUACGUAAUGAUCAGGAUUCUGUAGCCCAUACCAUACAAGUGAAGAAUACUUUAAUUUUCAAUGCAUUCGUCUUUUGCCAAAUAUUCAACGAGUUCAAUGCUCGAAAACCAGAAGAGAUGAAUGUCUUCCGGGGAGUGACUAAGAACGGUCUCUUCAUGGGAAUUGUUGGAAUGACCUUCGUGCUUCAGAUAAUCAUAAUAGAGUUCCUUGGAAAAUUCACAACGACAGUGAAGCUUGAUUUGAAGCUGUGGCUUGCUUCUCUUUGUAUUGGGCUUUUAAGCUGGCCUCUUGCGAUAAUUGGAAAAUUCAUUCCAGUUCCCAAAACACCACUGUCCCGAUAUUUCAGGAGAUUGAGCAAGUCCAAGUCGCAAUAGAAAUGGAUCCACUUGCAAUUCUUAGUUAGCUCACAACUCACAUUCAAACAUAACUUACAUCAAGUCAAAUCAAACAAUAUAUAGAUUUUUUUAGGCUUCAAUAUUUCUAGUUUUAAUUGUAAUAAAAUAAAUAAAGACGUGUGAAACUUCAUUUUAUUGAGAAAGUCUCCUCAAUCAUGUAUGUAUGUGCCGGGUCAACUUUUAUUAGAGACUAACCUGAAGAGGCCUGGCAAACGUAGUGAGACGUAACUUUUGUCGUUGUAGUGGGACUAUGUGGUUGGCAAGAAAUGAUAUGGCAUUCGUAUGAAAA